CCACUCCCUUCAUCCACAGCCAAACCACCAGUCCUCCUCACUCAAAGUCUCUCUCGCGUCUUCUCGAACUCUCCGCAGCCAUGUCGGCCUACUGCGGCAAGUACAAGGACGAGCUCAUCAAGAACGCUGCCUACAUUGGCACCCCUGGCAAGGGUAUCCUUGCUGCAGAUGAGUCCACCGGCACCAUCGGCAAGCGCUUUGCCAGCAUCAAUGUCGAGAACAUUGAGGAGAACCGCCGCUCUCUCCGUGAGCUGCUCUUCACCACCCCUGGUGCCCUCCAGUACCUCAGCGGUGUGAUCCUCUUUGAGGAGACCCUGUACCAGAAGACCAAGGACGGCACGCCCUUCGUCGAUGUCCUCAAGGAGGGCGGUGUCCUCCCAGGCAUCAAGGUUGACAAGGGUACCGUCGAGGUUGCUGGCACCAACAAAGAGACCACCACCCAGGGCCACGACGACCUUGGCAAGCGUUGCGCCAAGUACUACGAGGCUGGCGCCCGCUUUGCCAAGUGGCGUGCUGUCCUCAAGAUUGGUCCGAACGAGCCAUCGCAGCUUGCCAUUGACCUGAAUGCUCAGGGUCUGGCUCGCUAUGCCAUCGUCUGCCAGGAGAACGGGCUGGUGCCGAUUGUUGAGCCUGAGAUCCUUGUGGAUGGCCCUCAUGACAUUGACCGCUGCGCCCAGGUCACAGAGCAGGUCCUUGCUGCGUGCUACAAGGCACUCAACGAGCACCAUGUCCUCCUCGAGGGUUCCCUCCUGAAGCCCAACAUGGUCACCCCAGGAUCUGAAUCAAAGAAGGUUAGCCCUACGGUCAUCGCCGAGUACACCGUCCGCGCCCUCCAGAGGACCGUCCCUGCUGCCGUGCCUGCCAUUGUCUUCCUCUCUGGUGGACAGAGCGAGGAGGAGGCGACCCUGAACCUGAACGCCAUGAACAGGCUCGACACCAAGAAGCCGUGGUCUCUGUCCUUCUCCUUCGGCCGUGCACUCCAACAGAGCACGCUCAAGGCCUGGGGUGGCAAGGUUGAGAACCUGGAGAAGGCGCAGAAGGCCUUCAUUACCAGGUGCAAGGCCAACUCUGAGGCUACUCUUGGUACAUACAAGGGUGAUGCUGUGCUCGGCGAGGGUGCCUCUGAGAGCCUCCACGUCAAGGACUACAAGUACUGAUCUGCCUGCUUCUGGUGGUGGCUGAAGAUCCGAUUGGACAUCCUCACUAUGAGUAUUUAGGGUUCCGAGUGUGGUUUGGCUAUCGAGCGUCCAAUCUUACGGGUAUCGAAAACUUUUGUCGUAAUAAUCUGAACCUGUGCUUUUAAUAAUACCUGUCACCGGUAGUAGUUUUUUGGUAUUCCUGUAAUCCAAAUGCUGCGAAUGGUAAAUUGGAGCAGCGGGCGUUUUAUUCCAUGCUAUCUUUUCUCUUUUUAUUGUUCUGCUGUACUACUAUGUUAAUUAAACAUUUUACCUGUUUUAA